UAUGGAUCUGCUUGAACAAAAGAAGGUAGAAGUGAGGAAAAAAGAAAGAAAGAAUGGCAUCAAACUCGGGGCCAGCAUACGCAUAUACAGUAGUGUAUGUUAAAGACGUUGCCAAAUCUGUCGCUUUUUAUGCUGAAGCCUUCGGCUACAACGUUCGCCGCUUAGACGAUAAUCGCAAAUGGGGAGAAUUGGAGAGUGGAGCCACCACAAUAGCAUUCACGCCUAUCCAUCAGCACGAGACAGAUGACUUAACGGGUCAGGUCCAGACCCCUCAUUCCCGGGGCGAUAGGCAACCCGUUGAGCUUUGCUUUGAUUAUGUAGACAUCGAUGCUGCCUACAAGAGGGCAGUAGAAAAUGGGGCAGUUGCGGUGAGCCAGCCUGAGGAGAAGAAAUGGGGACAGAAAGUUGGAUAUGUACGAGAUCUUGAUGGUAACAUCGUUAGAUUGGGAAGCCAUGUCCAUCCUAAAUAAUCGCAUUACUGAUCAGAGCUCAUCAACGGUAUAGGAUAUACUUUUAGCCGUUCCAGUGUGUUUAGGUUAACUCAUGUGGAAUAAAUUGUAUCCUCACUGUGUAGUGAAUAAGGAAUAAACAGAAUAUCAAGAAGACUUGGAUCUUAUAAACUAA